AUGGUAAAGAAUUCGCCCAUAUCCGUUAUUCCACAAGAAGAAAAAAGGGGUUCUGUUGAAUUCCAAGUAUUUAAUUUUACCAAUAAGAUAGAGAGACUUACUUCACAUUUGAAACUGCACAGAAGAGACUAUUUAUCUCAGAGGGGUCUGCGGAAAAUUCUGGGGAAACGCCAACGACUGCUGGUUUAUUUAUCAAAGAAAAAUCGAGUGCGUUAUAGGGAAUUAAUUGGUCAAUUGGGUAUUCGAGAACCAAAAACUGGUUAG